AUGCCGGAACUCCGCCUCAUCGACCCCAGCCGGGCCAGACCCGAGACGCCGGAGAUCACCGAUGCCGAGGCGGCGGCCAUGGCGCGCGCGGUGCCCAACCUCUUCAAGCGCUGGGGCGUCACCGACAGUCAGGCCUGCACGCUGCUCGGCGGCAUCUCGGCGCGGACCUGGGCGCGUUGGAAGCUGGGCGCUAGCGGCCGGCUGCCGCGCGACCUGCGGGCCCGCCUCGCCAACCUGAUGGGCAUCCACAAGGCCUUGCGCCUGAUCUUCCGCGAGCCGGAGCGCGGGUACGACUGGGUCGCGGCCCCCAACGCCGUCUUCGGCGGUCGUUCGGCCCUGGAGGUUAUGCUGGGCGGUGAGCUGACGGAUCUGAUGCGGGUGCGGCACUAUCUGGACGCGGAGCGCGGCGACAUCGCCGACCCCGCCGACUGGGACGCUAUCGCCAGCGCCGAGAGCAAGACCAAUCCGCGCGUGGCGGAGUCGAUCGGCCUGCUGGACCUGGUGCCGCCGGCGCGGCGCGUGUCCGGCGAGGGCGCGACCUGGCUGAUGGCCCCCUUCGUCCACGUCUCGCGGGAUCGCCGCAGCCGCUUCUCCGACGGCAGCUACGGUGUCUACUACGCCGGCGACCGCUUCGAGGUCGCCUUGUUCGAGACGAUCCACCAUCACGGCCGCUUCAUGGCCGCGACCGAUCAGGCGCCGGGCUGGGCCUCGGACUUUCGCGAGCUGGUGGGGGCGAUCGACCGCGACCUCCACGAUCUUCGGGAUCGCACCAUCUGGUCCGACUGCCUGGACCCGGACGACUACAGCCCGUCGCAGGCCUUGGCCGCCCGGCUGCGCGGCGCGGGCUCCAACGGUCUCGUCUACCCCAGUGUCCGCUACCCGGAGGGCGACUGUGUCGCCGUCUUCUGGCCCGACCUGAUUCCGAUCCCCUUGCAAGCCCGACAUCUCGGCUAUCAUUGGGACGGCAGCCGCGUCGACCGGAUUCGCGAUCUGGGCAGCGGCGAGGUCUUCGCGGUCGAGGGCUAG